AUGGCAGUCAAAACAAAGGAAAUAGAAGAAAUUAAAAUGGAAACAAAAAGUGGAAAAAUAGAAAUCCGACACCCCAACGGGGAAACCAACGCCCCCAACGGGGAAACCAACGCCCCCAACGGGGAAACCAACGCCCCCAACGGGGAAACCAACGCCCCCAACGGGGAAACCAACGCCCCCAACGGGGAAACCAACGCCCCCAACGGGGAAACCAACGCCCCCAACGGGGAAACCAACGCCCCCAACGGGGAAACCAACGCCCCCAACGGGGAAACCAACGCCCCCAACGGGGAAACCAACGCCCCCAACGGGGAAACCAACGCCCCCAACGGGGAAACCAACGCCCCCAACGGGGAAACCAACGCCCCCAACGGGGAAACCAAUGCCCCCAAAAUCCGACACCCCAACGGGGAAACCAACGCCCCCAACGGGGAAACCAACGCCCCCAACGGGGAAACCAACGCCCCCAACGGGGAAACCAACGCCCCCAACGGGGAAACCAACGCCCCCAACGGGGAAACCAACGCCCCCAACGGGGAAACCAACGCCCCCAACGGGGAAACCAACGCCCCCAACGGGGAAACCAACGCCCCCAACGGGGAAACCAACGCCCCCAACGGGGAAACCAACGCCCCCAACGGGGAAACCAACGCCCCCAACGGGGAAACCAACGCCCCCAACGGGGAAACCAACGCCCCCAACGGGGAAACCAACGCCCCCAACGGGGAAACCAACGCCCCCAACGGGGAAACCAACGCCCCCAACGGGGAAACCAACGCCCCCAACGGGGAAACCAACGCCCCCAACGGGGAAACCAACGCCCCCAACGGGGAAACCAACGCCCCCAACGGGGAAACCAACGCCCCCAACGGGGAAACCAACGCCCCCAACGGGGAAACCAACGCCCCCAACGGGGAAACCAACGCCCCCAACGGGGAAACCAACGCCCCCAACGGGGAAACCAACGCCCCCAACGGGGAAACCAACGCCCCCAACGGGGAAACCAACGCCCCCAACGGGGAAACCAACGCCCCCAACGGGGAAACCAACGCCCCCAACGGGGAAACCAACGCCCCCAACGGGGAAACCAACGCCCCCAACGGGGAAACCAACGCCCCCAACGGGGAAACCAACGCCCCCAACGGGGAAACCAACGCCCCCAACGGGGAAACCAACGCCCCCAACGGGGAAACCAACAAAUCCGACGCCCCCAAUGGGGAAACCAACGCCCCCAAUGGGGAAACCAACGCCCCCAAUGGGGAAACCAACGCCCCCAACGGGGAAACCAACGCCCCCAACGGGGAAACCAACGCCCCCAACGGGGAAACCAACGCCCCCAACGGGGAAACCAACGCCCCCAACGGGGAAACCAACGCCCCCAACGGGGAAACCAACGCCCCCAACGGGGAAACCAACGCCCCCAACGGGGAAACCAACGCCCCCAACGGGGAAACCAACGCCCCCAACGGGGAAACCAACGCCCCCAACGGGGAAACCAACAAAGAACAAUGCUUCCUGCAGUCUGAAUUCAAAUGUAACAGCCUGUACAUGGCCCAGCCAUUGGCAGAGAAGAAGAUGUUGCAUGUAAUGUGCAAUUUAGUGUGA